AUGGCCCCUGCAAGGAUAUCCCACGACCCUGUUCUUCGCCGCGAGCCAGCAGCGUCAAGCCGCGACUUCCAAGUUCGUAACUUGGACGCAGACCUUUGUGUCUGCGGUGGUGGCUUCGCCGGAACUAUUGCUGCCAUCGCCGCAGCAAGGAACAAUGUCAAAGUCAUUCUCAUCCAAGACCGUCCUGUCCUAGGAGGCAAUGCAUCAAGCGAAGUUCGCUUAUGGAUCCUCGGAGCGACUUCGCACAUGUUUAACAAUAACCGCUAUGCCAGAGAGGGCGGUCUUGUUGAUGAGAUACUUUUGGAGAAUUUGUAUCGGAAUCCUGAAGGCAACCCUCUGAUUCUGGACACAAUUCUUUUGGAAAAGGUUCGACUUGAGCCCAAUAUUCAGCUAUUCUUGAACACAGCACUAGUUGGGUGUGAAAAGGGCGGUGAUCGAAUCAGCUCUGUCAGCGCCUUCAAUUCGCAGUCGUCGCUCAAGUUCAAUAUCCGAGCUGAGCAGUUCAUCGAUUGCACAGGCGACGGUACACUCUCUUUCCUAGCUGGUGCUCCGUUCAGAAUCGGCGCCGAGAAACGUGACGAGUUUGGAGAGCUCUUUGCACCAUCUUCAGAGUAUGGUCAUCUCCUGGGUCACUCUAUUUACUUUUACACCAAGGAUGUCGGCAAGCCUGUCAAAUUCGUCGCCCCAUCUUAUGCUCUCAAAGACGUCGAGGCAGAAAUCCCCCGGUUCAAAAGCUUCAGCACCAAGGAGAUGGGCUGCAACCUUUGGUGGAUCGAGUAUGGUGGUAGACUUGAUACCAUUCACGAUACCGAGGAGAUCAAGUGGGAGCUUUGGAAGGUCGUUUAUGGUGUCUGGGACUAUUUCAAGAACUCUGGACGUUUCCCUGAGGCGGAGACUUUGACACUUGAGUGGGUUGGUACGAUCCCGGGAAAGAGAGAAAGCAGAAGAUUCGUCGGCCCCAAGAUGAUGGUUCAGCAGGAUAUCGUGGAGCAGAAAUUGCAUUCUGAUGCUGUCUCUUUCGGCGGUUGGUCCCUCGAUUUGCACCCAGCUGAUGGUGUCUUUUCAGAGGUGGACGGAUGCACCCAGUGGCACUCCAAGGGUGUCUACCAGAUCCCGUUUUCCUCCAUGGUCUGCUCCGAGAUACCAAACCUCAUGUACGGAGGUCGCAUCAUCUCAGCAUCCCACGUUGCUUUCGCAUCCACACGAGUCAUGGCGACGUGUGGAGCUAACGCCAACGCUUUGGGGAUCGCAGCCUCUCUAUGCAAGAAGAACGCCAUUGAUCCUGUGCAACUGCUCCAGAAAGCUGAGAUGAAGAAUUUUCAACUGGAGCUUAUGCGCUUUGGACAGUUUAUACCAGGGUAUAAGCUUGAAGAUGAGAAAGAUCUCGUCCGUUCAGCUUCAAAGAUUGACGGCUCGUCUACUUUUAAACUGUCGCAGCUGCCAGCUGAUGGACCACCCAAAGUCUUAGUCAGAAGUCUUGCACAAAUGCUGCCCAUGCUACAGGGACCUAUUCCCAAGUUUUCCAUUACUGCCAUGUCGGUUGAAGCCACCGAGUUGACCGUCCAGCUCCGAGGAUCUCAGAAGCCUUACAAUUACACACCAGAGGUGAUCUUGGCUGAGAAGCGAUUCUCCCUCGAACCAGGUGAGAAUGAUCUUGUCAUUGACUUUGAGAUCGAGAAUCCUCAGACACAAUAUGUCUUUCUUGCCUUUAUGCAAAACGAGUCUGUCGCACUCUGUACAAGCAAGACCCGCGUUUCAGCUCUUAUGACGGUCGAACAUGAGUGCACACAAAGUCCGCCUAGCGAUGUUGGCGUUGAUGACUUCGAGCGGUGGACACCCGUUAGAAGACCAAUGGGCCAUAACCUUGCAUUGACCGUGGAGCCACCUCUCCAGGCAUGGGGGGUUCAGAACGUCCGUAAUGGAGUUGCUCGUCCAACCAAGAGAACCAACUGCUGGGUUCCUGGUUUGGGAUCUGAUAGAAAGCUUCUCAAAGUCUCUUGGUCUAAUUCAGUUGAAGUAAGCAAAGUGGUCGUUUGCUUUGAUACAGAUUAUGAUCACGCCCUGGAGUCUGUCUUGCGAGGCCACCCGGAGAGAACUAUUCCAUUUUGUGUUAAGAAAUGGCGCCUACUGGACCUUUCUGAUGGCGAGAAAGAGCUAUAUAUCGAAGAUGAGAACCACAUGUCGCGUCGCGAGGUGGUCUUUGAUUCACGUAGGAAGCUGACUGAUCUUGGAGUCGAGAUUCUCGAGCUGAAUGGGGAUGAGAAUGUUAUUGGUGGCGUAUUUGAAGUGCGAGUAUAUGAAUAG